AUAAACGGUCACAGGCUGUUAGGCGCGCCACCCACCUCAGCCGCUCGCAAAACCCUCUCCUCUCGAGAAGCAGCGCGGCGGAGACCGGAGAGAAGCAGUCGGCAGCCGGGAAGCCCGUCGCGUGCCUUUCUUCCUCAACGUGCCAUGAUUAACGAAAUAUUUGAGCACUGGGGUUCGUAUCGCACGCCGAGAUCUUCCCUUUUGUUUUUUAUUCUCCGAUCGUGCCCGCAUUAGUGGAUAUUAGGGUGCACCGCGCUGCUUGUAUUUUGUCUCUAUCUCGUCGUUUGCUAGUUUUUGCUACCAAUCGGGAUGCUGAGCUCAGUGUAGAAAGACUGAGAGGUUCGAUCAGCCUGUUCACCCCCUAGGGUUCGUAGAUGACCUUAGUGCGAUGUUUUGUUUCCCUUGUUUGUCUCGGUUUGUUGAUUGGGGAAAGGUUUCGGUUAUUUAUUACUGAGUGAGGCUGGUUGGUUCAGGUCAAGGCUACGACUUGUCUGCUACUGUUAUUCAGCAGUAUGUAUUGCUGUUUGCCACUAUAAAUUUUGGUUUAUUGGUGUGAUUCAGUCUCGUAAUUCCAUGAAUUUAGGGAUGGGUGAUUUUAGCUUAUGCAGUCAUUGCAGCAGUGGUGCAUGGUAAAUUAGAAUGCUCCAAGACUGACAAGGUCGAGGGAGACAAUUUUAGGUUUUCAGCUUUUCAUGAACUGUAGGAGGUUUCCUAUCAAAUCAGAUAAACGGAUGCUGAAUCACAAGGUGCUUGUGUGGCCUUGACAUUACAAUUUCUCCAAUGGUUCUAGUCAACAACUUUGGUUACAUUGUUCUCACGUUCUUGCAUUCUCUCACUGUAUAAAUGCAACCGAAUGUUAGCACUGCCAACGGCCUAUUUUCCUACAAUUUGUGAUGUCAAUGGUUUAUCUUACUUAUUAUGGAUACUAAAAGGUGUGCUAACUAUAGAUGGACAAACGGGCGGCACGACCUGACCCGACCCGGCACGAGCCCAACUUAGGCACGGCACAACAGGCUCGUUUACAUAAUCGGGCCGGGCCGGGCCGCCCGACGUGCUCGCCUCCAGGCCCAAGCAUGCCACGCUGGAUUGUUAAACGUGUCGUGCCGGCCCGAGAGCACGCAAGCACGUUAGGGUCGUGCUGACCCGAAACCCUAAACUCAAUCAACAUGUCGCAUGCCUCUACGGUCACAGAUUACAAACCACAAUAUUACAAAUUAAAUUACAUGUCUAGCACCAAAAUAUAACACAUUACAAACCAAUCACAACACAUAACACAUUAUUAAAUUUGAGCUGGUGCAAUGGCUGCCUCGUUAAAAACCUAUUUAGGUAAAACUCACACCUCAUGAGAAACCCUAGAUAGGAAAAGAGUACAACCCAGCUCAACAAUUUCAUUAUUUCAUCACUUAGUUCAUCACAGACUUUACAUGUCCAGAACCACAUGACAUAAACCCACAUUACAUGUCCACAACAUACUAAUUAAUGAAUAAAUCUCUGAAGGACUCUUCCAGGGUUUUAUCUUCUGUUGUGUGUUGCAUUCUUGCAUCUGCUGCCUCCCAGUCCUUUAGCAAGGAAAGCAUCUCCACCAUUCCUGAGCCAAGUCGACGACGCCGCUCCUCAAUGACCCUACCUGCAAGACUAAAUGCUGAUUCUGAACUCACAAUAGAGACAGGAACUGAAAUGAUAUCUUUAGCUAGGAUUGAAAGUACUGGAUAAGUUAGUUUAUGGUCAUGCCACCAAUCUAGGAGAUUGAAUUCAUCAUCAAACUUCUGAACAGUGUCACUAUCUAGAUAAUCAGCUAGUUCAGAACCAGAAAUACCAUGAGUGCUUGCUGCAUGAAGCAAAACACUAGCAUAUGUUCUUCUUGAGAGUUCAGGACCCAUGGAAGAACUGCCACUGGCACCAAAGGCACCCAGACCAGCACCCAGUGCCAUUGAAGAACUACUACCAAUGCCAUAUGCACCAAACACCAAAUCCCAAGCAUAUUUGCUCUUACCUUCACCAGGGGUAGCAUUUGAAGUCCUCUGCAACCUAACAGAACCAAAUUUAUCAUCAUAUUUAUUAAAUAAAUCAGAUAAAUCAGCCCUCACAGAAGUUAGAUAUCCAGAGUAAUCAGAAUGAGUAAGCUGAGACAUCAGUGCAAGCACAUUGUUGAAACCUCUCAUUUUAGCUCUAGGGUCAAGUAUAAAUGCAAAUGCAUAUAGCAAAGGAAUUGUACCCCAAUAUUUUAAGAAUUUGUCUUUCAUUGGGACAACUAUAUGUCUAAGCAAGUUAUCAUUCUCAUACAUGUUCAUGUGCUUAUUAAUAUGAAGAAUGUGGUGCAACAUUAAAGGUGAUGUAGGGUUAAAGAAGCAAAGACAGAGGGAUUAGGGUUUAGGGUUUAGCGAGUUCAUACCUUAGCUGAAUGUCGGAGCACCAGUUUCGUCGGCGAUUACCAAGAACAACGCAGAUCAGGACAGAGAAGAUCCAGCGACGGCAGAUCCAGGGACACAGAGACAGAGCCUGAUAGAAGAACAGAGAGACUAUGAGCACAAACACACGAUAUAGAUGGCCAAACAGGGAGAGGAUGUGUAAAGCUUUACCUUACCAGAUCAGAUCUAGAGCCGGAGGCAGAUCCACAGACCAUCAGUGAUGGAGAGGACAGAGGAGAGGCAGAUCCACAGAUCCAGUACACCGGAGUUCAUAGAAGAGGAGGGGGAAGCGCUAGGGAAUGGGGAUACUGUUACCGACGACGUGCCGAGGACGGAGCAUCCAGGAAGCACGGCGGCCGACGGCCAACACCUCGACGUCGACGGAAGCUGGGUGCCUCUUUGCCUCGUCGAGGCCGUGAGGGGGGUGGACGGGCGACGGUCGACGGGGCGACGCAGCGAGGCUGCGAGCGCGAGGGAUCCGAGGGGAGAGCCGAGGGGCGACCGGGCGAGGGCGAGCGGAGGGGACGAGACGAGGGGGCGACUGGCGGUCGGGUCGUGUGAGACUGUGAGUGUGCGGUUAGGUUAGGGAUUUAGGGUUCGGGCCAAUCGGGCUUACCGUUUUAAUCGGGCCGUGUCGGGCCGGCACGACGUGCCUAGAUCACGGCCCAAGCCCGGCACGGGCAUAGUGUCGGGCUGGCACUAGCCCGUUUACCAUCGGGCCGUGUCGGGCUUAGGCACGAUGAAACGUGCCAGGCCUCGGACCGGCCCGACUGACCCGACCCAUCUGGCCAUCUCUAGUGCUAACAUUUCUAGGAGUUGUAGUCAGAUCUGGAGCGACAGUGAAGUGUGACCCAUGAGAGUUCUAGUGCCAUGUUUCACAGGUUGGUUUCUACUUGUAAUGACCGCUAUUGGUUUAUCUUAUUUUUGUGCAGUUCCUGUUUUUGACUUUUCAGUUGUUGGUCUUUUAAGAUAGCAUUACAUGAUAGAAAGGGGAAUGAGGAUGUGAGAGUUUUUGUGAAGGUUGAUGGAAAAGAGUUUUGGAUUGGAAAACUAUCAGUUGACAAAUACCCUCAGUGUAAAACUAGUUUGGUAUUCGAGAAGGAGUUCCGGAUCGAUGGGAUCGAGGAACGGGAACGUGGUACGUUGUAUGCUACUAAAACUAGGAUUUAACACUACUGGAACUAGAUUGUUCCCACGUUUCCGGAAUGGAACGAACGUUCCCAGAACGAGGAACGUGACCAAGUUCCCAGUCCCAGUUACUAAGGUUUGAGUUACUACACACCUCGAAAACCAGCACCAUCUCUGCCCUUGGCUACAAAUGUUGGCAUUGCAAGAGAAAGUAUCCUUUCAUUUUACUUUGUUCAGUAUUUUUAGAGAAGCCUGAACACAACUUUCUUUUCCCUAACAACUUCUCUGUCAUUUAUCAUAAAUAUGAUAGUGUCACAAGUACCAAAGAAGGUAAUGAUCUUGUUCUUCCAGUAUUGGACAUCCCUAAUGUUUUUUAUCACUUGGCAUAAACAACAUGGUGAUUGAUGUUUCAAAUGAUGAAUCUGAUGAGGAGGUUCCACAGGCUAUUCCAUUAUUCCCAAAAGCAGAUGAUGAUAAAAGCAAAGAAAGUAAAUGUGAUGUGGAGAAGCCUGCUGCUACUGAGUCCUCUAAACCGAAGGUUAGCUUGGAGGAAACAAAGGAUCCUGAGAAGCAUGAAGUUGAUGUUGGUGGCACCGACGAUGAUGAAAGUGACGAAGACUUUGUUGAUUCAGAAGAGGGUGAAUCAGAUGAUGACGAGAGUACUAAGAGCAAGAAUAGGCCAAGCAGCCUCACCCUUGAAGACACCUCCAGGGAAAAAGUUUGCAGUUAGUGAUGAUGCUAAGAAAAAUAUCCACGUCCAUGUCGAAGUUGGUGAAGACGGCUCGCUCAAUCAUUGACAACUACAAGCAAUCCACUGGUCAUAGCUGCAAGUCGUGCAGCAAGUAAUUUUCUCGCCUCGUGCGGUCGAAGCACAGUGCUCAUUGCAAGAUCAAGGUGAAGCAAGCACAGUGCUCAUUGCAAGGUGAAUUAUAACCAGUGCUCAUUGCAAGGUGAAGCUAGUGAUGAUGCUAAGAAAAGUACCAGAAUUUUUCUCACACAUGGGCGUCCUUUUUGGUCGUGGACUUUCUACUCGUCCGUUAGUCUGGAAACUCAUUGCAAGCUGAAGCACAGUGCUCGAAAGUGAAGUAGCAUUCAUGGACUAUGUUAGGGACGUUCGUUAUUAGGCAAGUGAAUUGUGGGUUUGCGUUUACUGCUACAAACGGGCUCUAAGGCAGCAUCAACAGAAUGCUAUUGCUUAUUGCGGGUUGUUGGAAAGUUGCUGUUUUUUCUGCUCAACAGAAUGUGUAAUUGAGAUUUUCUUGAAUUAGAAAGUUGUUGUUUUGCAGCGUGUAUUGA